AUGUCAAAUCUUGCAAAGCUUGAGUUUGCAGCAUUAGAUAUCACCGGGAAAAAUUAUUUGUCAUGGGUAUUGGAUGCCGAAAUCCAUUUGGAUGCUAAUAAUCUUGUGGAUACAAUCAAGGAAGGAAACACUACUAAUGCCCAAGAUAAAGCAAAGACGAUAAUAUUUUUACGCCAUCAUAUCCAUGAGUCAUUGAAAAAUGAAUACCUUACCGUGAAAGACCCACUUGUCCUAUGGACCAAUUUGAAGUCGAGGUAUGAUCACCAAAAAUCGGUGAUAUUACCAAAUGCUCGUCAUGAAUGGCACAAUUUAAGAUUGCAAGACUUUAAGUCUAUAAGUGAGUAUAACUCAGCCAUGUUUAGAAUCACAUCACAAAUGAAUUUAUGUGGUGCUGAUAUUACUGAUGAGAAUAUGUUAGAAAAAACAUUUUCCACCUUUCAUGCCUCAAACAUUGUCUUGCAACAACAAUAUCGUGAAAAGGAAUUUACAAAAUAUAGUGAAUUAAUAUCAUGUUUACUUGUGGCCGAGCAAAAUAAUGAGCUAUUAAUGAAAAACCACGAGGCCCGUCCGGUUGGUGCAGCCCCAUUCCCUGAAGCGAAUGUGGCAACAUAUAAUGGCCAAAGUGGAAGUCAAGGACGUGGUCGUGGCCAUUAUCGUGGUCGUGGUCAUGGUCAUGGUCGUGGACGUGGGCGUGGAUAUGCUCGAGGAAAUUCUCAAGGUAUUCAAUUCAAAAAUAGGGGAACCCACCAAAAGUUGCAUGAUAGUGAAAAGAAAACUAAUGAUGACAAAGGGAAAAAGAAAAAUGGAGCCCCAUCAAAUACAUGCUAUCGUUGUGGAGGCAACAACCAUUGGGCUUGUACAUGUCGCACACCUAAACACUUGGUGGAACUUUAUAAACAAUCAAUCAAAGACAAAGGAAAAGGGAUAGAGUCAAAUUUCACAUACGAAGAUGGAAGUGUUGAUGCUCCCAAAGAAAACACUAAUGCAACUAAUCUGGAUUAUAAUGAUUUCCUUAUCGAGCAAGCUAAUUUUGAUUUUGGUGAUGUCGUGGCCGAUACAACCCAUUUGGAUGCCUCCAACUUUUCCCUUAAUAUGGAUGAUUAG